AUGAACGCGUUGAUCGCACUGCUAACGUUGCUGCUUGCCAGUGCAGUUUCGGCUGUGUCUCAGUGUAGCGCCGGGAGCGUUGCAGUUCCGAAGGAUACCGGCGAGUUGGAGUGCUUGACCGUGGAAGAACUGGAGCGCCUAAAACAACUCGAAAGCGCCAAACGUUUCGAUGCAGAAUCGGCCACACGUUUCUUGCUAUGGACGGAAAAAACCAACCCAGAAGAGCGGACGGAGCUGAAGUUUAACGAUCUGUCCGCGUUGCAGAAUUCUACGUUUGAUCCCCGCAAUCCUACACGCAUUCUCGUACACGGCUGGCUCAGCGACUGGAAGUCGGACGCGGUACGUGGACUUUCGCGAGCGUAUGUGGCGAAAGGUGCGUACAAUGUUAUCGGCAUCGACUGGUCCGCUGGUUCUUCCACGAUAGUCUAUCCAGCGGCACGAUUGCGCGUGGCUGCGGUUGGCGCUGCGAUAGCGAAACAGAUAGGCGUACUGUUGCAGGCGGGACAGCAUCCAUCCCAGAUUGUCAUCAUUGGCCACAGCCUGGGGGCACACAUCGCGGGCCUGGCGGGGAAACAUUUCCAGGCCGAGCCCAAACUGGCGGCCGUGAUCGCGCUCGAUCCGGCCGGACCCCUGUUCGGGCGGGAUCAACCAUCGGAACGGGUCGAUGCGUUCGAUGCGGCGUACGUGGAGGUCAUACACACCAACAAAGGUCUGCUGGGGCACCGCGACGCACUUGGGCAGGCCGAUUUCUAUCCCAACGGUGGACAAUCGCAACCCGGCUGUCUGACCAGCACCUGCAGUCAUGAAAAAGCGGUAGAGUACUUCCGUCGCUCGCUGGGCACAAGUGGGGCGGAGCCACUGUACGUGGGGCGGCAGUGUGUAGCGGGCGCGGUCAGUAAUAAGUGCGACGGUGCACAAGCGGUCAUGGGUGGCGAUCUGAACGAUAGCUACAAAGCGAAGAUGAGCGGUUUGUUUUAUCUGACGAUCGGUAAAUAA